AUGGCGGACAUCACGCCUCCUCAAGCCUACGAGCAGCUCGGUAAUGACCCGAGCAUGGACGACACAGCCCCUCCUCAAUUACCCAAUGACCAACUCGGGAACGAGCCGGCGGCUGUGCAGGACACUGUGCUUAUGCCGUACGCCGCUGUGGAUUCCUCGCUGCGCGCCAUGGCCGGUCAGGCCGAGGGCUUCGGCCGGCACGCCAUCGGCGGCCUCCACGGCGACGUCUACCACGUCACCAACCUCCAUGAUGACGGGCCCGGCUCGCUCCGGGAUGGUUGCCGCCGCCGCGAGCCGCUGUGGAUCGUCUUCGACGUGUCCGGCACCAUCCGCCUCGCUUCAGGCCUCCGCGUGUCCUCCUACAAGACCAUCGACGGCCGCGGGCAGCACAUCAUCCUCUCCGGCAAGGGCCUGCUGCUGCGGGAGUGCGAGCACGUGAUCCUUUGCAACCUCGAGGUGGAGGGCGGGCGCGGGCACGACGCCGACGCCGUCCAGAUCAAGCCCGGGUCGAGGCACGUGUGGGUGGACCGGUGCGGCCUGCGCGACUUCGCCGACGGCCUCCUGGACGUGACCUGCGGCAGCACGGACGUGACGGUGUCGCGGUGCCGCUUCUCGGCGCACGACAAGGCCGUGCUCAUCGGCGCCAGCAGCGGCCACGUCGGGGACCGCCGCAUCCGGGUGACCAUCCACCACUGCUUCUUCGACGGCACGCGGCAGAGGCAGCCCCGCGUCAGGUUCGGCAGGGUGCACCUCUACAACAACUACACCAGGAACUGGGGAAUCUACGCCGUCUGCGCCAGCGUGGAAUCACAGAUAAUCUCCCAGUGCAACAUCUACGAGGCAGGGGACAAGAAGAAAGUGUUCAUGUAUAUGCCAGAGCAGGCGGCAGACAAGGACCGGAGUUCAGGUGGGCGCAUCCGGUCUGAAGGCGACCUGUUCCUGAACUGUGCGCAGGAGCACGCCGGAGAUGAUUCAGAAACUGCAGAAGAUAACCCGUGGGACUUCGAGGUCCGGGAAUGCUACCAGCCAUGUUCCGUCCAGCCGGCGUCAUUGGCGCUCAAGGAGCUCCUGGAGUACCGCACCGGCUGGCAGCCGGUUCCGUUGCCAGAAGACAUUUGCUUCCAAGGAAAACCUGCUGUUGCACAUCUGAACCACUGA